CAUAUAUAGUACUGAUGUACAACCGUCGGGUAGCACUCGGAUAACUCGGAUCGCCAGAACACGACGAGAAACAGAAACUCCAAUGGCGGCGGCUCGUCCGGUCCUCUACCACCUUGGUGUUCUGCUGUUCCUGGCCAUGGCGGCAUCGGGAGCGGCGGCGUUCGGCCUCCCGCGAGGCGUGUCGCCUGCCUACUGCGCCAACGAGUUCCUGCAGUACCAAGGGAUCUCGCAGAACGAAAAGGCCGCCAUCCACCUCGGCAACACCAAGUCCUGCAUCGCCGGCUACGGAGGCCGACUGGAUCCCUACACCGCGUACCAGCUCUGCAUCCCCUCCUGGGUUGCCUUCACACACAACGGCACCCUCGUCGGAGAGGCCGCCAUAAACCACGCCGCCGUCAGCCCCGGGACGGCCGUCUCCGGCUUCAAGCGACUCCUCGGCAUCAGGAUGUAUAACGAGAUGGUGAAGAGGGAGGCAGAGCUAGUGCCGUACCAGUUCACCGAAGAGCUGGGAAGAUGCGGCAUCCAGAUGGAGACCGAGGAAGGCCACGUGAUGAAUUUCCUUCCCGAGCGUGUGGCCGGCAUCCUCAUUGCCGAGCUUAAGAAGAUGGCGGAGGCGCGCCUGGGCCGUGAGAUCGAGAGCGCCCUUGUCACCGUCCCCGGGCACCUCAAUGGUGCCCAACGGAGUUCGUUCAGGAGAGAAGCUGCGCGGUUGCACGGUGGGUUCGGUGUCGCCAAGGUCGUCGACGAGCAGGUCGCGGCGGCCGCGGCAUAUCGCCUUUACGAGAAGAGGGGCGACGGCAAGGUCGUCCUCGUCUUCCAUCUCGGUGGCCGCACAAGCCAUGCUACAAAGUUCAGAUUCAAGGAUGGCACGGGUCGUCUCCUCGAGGAACGCCAUGAUGCCUACCUCGGCGGUGACGACUUCACUGACAGGGUUGUGGAUUACUUCGUGGAGCUGAUCAAGGAGAAGCAUCACCGGGACAUCCGUGGGGACGAGGGCGCUCUCAAGAAGCUGAGGGCACACUGCGAGAGGACCAAGAAGCUACUGAACGACCGAGAAGGCGUUCUUAUGAACAUCGGACCGGUUCUCGGCCAAGGCGCAGAUAUCUACGAGGAGCUCACGCGGGCCAAGUUCGAGGAGCUGAACCGUGACCUCAUGGAGAGAGCACUGGAAAUAGUGGACACGGUGGUGAUGGGAGGUGCUCCCACUUCCCAGACGCAGAGCUGCAAGGACGCCAUCGACGAGGUCAUUCUCGUCGGCGGCAGUGUGAGGAUCCCCAUGGUUGGGCAGCUCCUCGAGGAUUACUUCAAUGGUAGAGGGCUAAUCAGGGACGAGGACGCGGUAAUCCGCGGCGCUGCUCUUCUGUCCCGCCCCGAGUCUGCUAGGUAUGUGGACGAAUGCUACAAUGGGGGAGUUUCGGGGCCUCUCUGGUUGGCAAAAUAAACACACAAAUAGGGCAUGAAGGCAUAUGCAGUACAGAUACAUAGCGUUUUUGUAACAUUGGCAAUUUGAUUUGGGCAGGAAAGAUGAGUCCCAGUUGCCAGUGCUAUCAGUUUAUACAUAUACGGUACUGGUUGAUAAGGUGGUCUUCUCUUAUGUGUUCCAUGUUAUUUAGAGAGAGAGAAAAAGAAAAAAGUCAAUUUUACUCCCCUCAAGAAAA